UGCCCGGCCUCGCUGUGGCAAUGACCGAACUUCUACAGCCGCUAUGACCCCCCGCGUUGCGCUCCUCUGCGUGCUCUUGGCGCUGUUGGGGCGACCUGCCCACGCCGACACCGCUCCCGAGGGCUACUACAACCACGAUUACGAAGAGAACCUCAACACCACCGCCACGACAACCGCCGGCAGCACGACCACCACGUUGGUUUACACCGUGCCCCCCGUGCCUGCUUUGCACCACAAUGAUUCCCAACUUCCGGAGAAGGACCCGCUCUUUCCCAAAGACCUCUUCACCUGGGAGGAACGACGCAACGGGGCUAUUAUCCUUCACAUACUCGGCGUAGUCUAUAUGUUCGUCGCUCUGGCCAUCGUCUGCGACGAGUUCUUCGUUCCCGCUUUGGACGUCAUCAUCGAGAAGUUUGAUAUACAAGACGAUGUGGCCGGGGCGACGUUCAUGGCAGCCGGUGGCUCGGCUCCGGAACUGUUCACCAGCGUCAUUGGUGUGUUUGUAUCAUUCGACGACGUCGGUAUCGGUACCAUCGUCGGUUCGGCCGUUUUCAACAUUCUAUUCGUUAUCGGAAUGUGCGCAAUUUUUUCCAAAACCGUUCUAUCGCUCACGUGGUGGCCUCUCUUUAGGGACUGUUUUUUUUACUCCGUUAGCCUGAUUGCGCUUAUUAUUUUCUUCAGAGAUAGCUAUAUUCACUGGUACGAGGCGUUGGUGUUGUUCAGCUUCUACAUCGCCUACGUUAGUUUCAUGAAAUGGAACCAACCGAUGGAGAGGCUUAUUAAAAAACUUAUUUAUAAGAACAAAGUGACCAGAGUUAGAAGUACUGAUCAACUAAUGCCAACGCACCAAGCGGCAGCUCAAGCUCUGCACGGUACAGUAGCGACAUCGAGCGAGACGAGCGUCGGGACGCAGCCGGGCGGCAGCGUCACGUCCAGGACGGCGUCCGAGACGCCCCAAGUGCAGCCGUCGACGAGUCACCACCACACAGGGGCGAAAUUCCGGCACGGGCUUCUUCAGCUCAUGAUCCACACGAUCGAUCCUUUGCACGAUGGCAAAGUCGAUGAAAAAGCGACGCAACUGCACGCCAUAGCGUCGCUGAAGGUGCUCCUCGACGCCACGAAACCCCAAAACGGCGCUACAACAACAUCAGCAGCCAACCACAUUAACAUGGCGACCAAGCAAGAGACGAUGCUUGCACCGGCGGGCAUGGCCGAUAUGCCUAAUGGGGUCGCUAAUGCCUUAACCGACAUCAAUUUGGAUGCGCGACGCAUGUCGUCGGUACGCGCUCGUAAGUCGCUGACCUCACAGGCGGUGGUAUGUCUGCAGGUAGGGGACGGCGGCGAAGACGAGCCUCCCGAGGCGAUGGACAUCAGCUGGCCUUCGGGAUUCCGCAAAAGAGUAACGUACGUUCUCUUGGCACCCAUUGUCUUCCCAUUAUGGCUUACUUUGCCUGAUACGAGAUCGCCCAGAGGCAAGAAAUUCUUCCCGGUAACGUUCAUCGGGAGCAUCCUGUGGAUAGCGGCGUACUCCUACCUGAUGGUCUGGUGGGCCAAUAUGGUGGGAGAAACCGUGGCGAUACCGCCAGAAGUGAUGGGUCUCACGUUUUUGGCGGCCGGCACGUCCAUACCGGACCUCAUUACGUCUGUGAUCGUCGCCAGGAAGGGUUUCGGUGACAUGGCUGUCUCGUCAUCAGUCGGCAGUAACAUUUUCGAUGUUACCGUCGGAUUACCAGUGCCUUGGUUGCUGUUCGGCAUCAUCUACGGAAAACCCGUUGAGGUAAAUUCGGUGGGUAUGGUGUGUUCUAUAACAAUCCUCUUCAUGAUGCUCAUCUUCGUAAUCAUGUCUAUUGCCUGCUUCCGAUGGAAGAUGAACAAAGGACUAGGUUUUACCAUGUUUUUGCUGUACUUCGUGUUCGUCGCGGUGUCGCUCAUGUUCGAGUACGAGUACAUUACAUGUCCGUUUUAGAUCGGUCGAGGGACGCACUUUCUUAAAUUUAAGGUAGACUUUUUCGUUUAUGAGUAAAUGGAGAUUUUCCGAACUAUUCAAGGAACUUAUUGUUUUGGCAACUUGUGGUUGGUUCAAUUUACCCGAUACGAAAUUAGAAAAAUAUUAUUUACUGUGGACGAUUCUCAUAGAUUUUUGCGAGUGCAUACACAGCAGUAUUUUUAUAAGGAAUAGUGUUAAAUUUUUAUGAAUUUUUACAGCAAAGCCCGCAAGGCAUAAGUCUUAUUUUCUAUUAGAUUAGAAUGAUUUAAAGAAAUUGAUUUUUUAUAGAUGUUGUUUGAUUACAAAAAAGAUAUUUUUAUGCAUAAACUCUUUCAUCUCUAUCUUAUACCUAACCAAAUAACUUUAAUAUAGACUAAUUUUAAUUCAAAAGUUUCUAUGAUAAUACUAUUCUACUUAAAUCACA